ACAUCCCUGCCCCGACCGCAUCGUUGUAUCUGGAACGGUCCGGCCGAGCACUCACCAUGGGAGUUUCACCGCUGCUCAUCUUCACCCUGCUGUCCGGUGCCUCGCUCGGCUUGGGCUACGUCACCAUGGAGCGGGUGGCGGUCAGGCCAGGUCAUGAGAACGAGUGCUGGGUUUCCACAAAGAACCAGUUCUUUGCAAGCGGUUCGUCAUGGCCUGAAGACGAUGUCUGCGAGAAAGGCUUCUGCCAAGGAGCCACUCUUAUCAGACGCCAUGGGUGCGGCAGCGUCGGCGCCGGGCCAUCUUGUAAGCUGGUGACCCCGGACAAGAGCCUGAACCUGACGUACCCGGACUGCUGCCCGUACCCUAAAUGCUCGUGAAGCCGUGCACUGCCUGCCCACACAUGACGGGCCUGGCCGAUUCCGACGAAGCCUCCCGGAUGUUGUUGCGGUGUUGGGAUCUGAACGAGUGCACUGGGAUUUCCUGUGAUUUAGACAGCAUGUCGGCGCCCCAGAACUGACCGCAGUGACGUUAAUGGUGGGGUGCUGCUGACCUUAUGAACCCUUCGGUAUAUCGUGGUGUUUACUUCAUCUCAUCUUAUUAAUAGCGCUGUCGUACUGUGACGUUCAAAGCCAGCCCACGAUGUGCCCCACGGACGCGAGGCGGAUGCCCAAGCGGUUGAAUGACACGCGAAGGCUAUAGCUUGUCAAAACACCUCGAGAACCAGUUUCUGUCGUGUUGUUCGUUGUUCACCACAGUGCAUAUAGCGCGUUCCUUUUGUGCUCAGUUGCUUGUUGCCUGUGGUGUUGUAAUGGCUGGGGGGAGUAAAGAGCUGACUUGAAAUACCAAGACAAUCUAAAGAA